AUGGAGGAUCCCGGCGCAUCGAGCAGCAACCAGGCGUUGGUACAUUUACCGGCGCGACGCCCGCCAACCCAACUCGCGCCACCCAUCGACGACGGAGGAGCGGGACCGUCAUCUUCUCGGAGGAAAGGAACAGGAUCUCUACGGCCUAUCAGAGGAGUUGGUCGUGUUAUCGAGGAGGAGCCUGACACCCAGCGUCAGAUGCAGGUCGCCAACAGUUUUCCAAAGCGCGCAAAGAUCCAAGCGGACGUAGUCUUUAUCCCCCAGCAGUCUUCUAUCGACAAAUUCGUGAUUCACGGCGGCAUCAGCCUGGACCCGCAGAGUCUACUCGAGCAGUGGCAGUUGACGGCGACGGCGGCAACGGCAACCAUCAACAAUGCUGGUAAGAUUCACGUUCCCGAACAGCUCGAGCUGGGUCUCUUGCAGCCGCCUACCGUGAUUGACGGCACGAUGGCCGAGGUGGACAUGGAGGGAACCUUCAACCGCAGCAACAUCUUUUGCCGAAAAGUCACGCAGGCCAGCCGCGCGUGCCGCUCGAUCGAGGUCAUCGUCCAAGCGCGAUGGAUCGAGCACUUUGACUCGUACGUGGAUCUCCUCGCCAUCACGAACCCGGGUAUGUCUCCCACGAAGCGCCGGAAGGCGGCUCUGAUCGAGGCGUGCAACGACUUUGGAUGGUCAGAGAAGGAACUGCGCAACAAGAUGGCCAUCUGGCGCGGUUACAAGGAAAUCAAGGACGCCGGCGGCUGGGCUGCGCUUGUUUUCGCCGGAAUGGGUCUUUACCGCUUCUGCAAGUACCGCGUCGGCUUCAACCCGGACAGCAUGCAGCGGCUCCGUUGCCUUCGGCCCCGAAUCGAAGUUGCGGCGGACACUCUACACCCAACCUGGCGCCAACUGCUCAUGAUCGUCGGCGAGACGGCACAAAGACGGUUCUGCGGCCACCCACACGACUGGGUUGUUCGACAGGACGGCUCGGAUCCGGUGCCCUUACGUUCGACAUAUCUCGAGUACGACCCGUAUUUCAGCUUCGAACAGCUCGAGCACUCGGUGAUGGACAUGAGCGCGUGGGGAACAGACGACCCGCGGUGGGUGCCCCCGAUCAACGCGGUGGCUUGCGUCCAAGGCAUGCACACGUGUCACUCGUGCGGCCAGGAGCAGUCAGAGGACCCCAAGAUCAACUCGUGCUACUGCUUCCCGACUCUGUUCGGAUCCGGGCGUCGGAGCCCCUGCCCGGUGCAAGUGUUCCGGACGCCAGACGGGCGCAACAACGGACUGACGGCGCUCUGCCCUUUUGAGCGCGGCGCAGCGAUUGGCGAGUUUAUCGGCCUCAUCACAAAGGACCUGAGAGAUAUGGACGUCAUGGACAGCUCGACGGGCGUCCGGGCCUACCAGAUCUGGCAGGGCCGGCAGGGAAAUUUUACGAGGUUCGUCAACCACAGCUGCAAGUCGAACGCGCAGUUUCAACAGUUUGUCUGGAUGAGCACGCAACGCAUCAUCUUGGUCAGCAAGGGCAUCGAGGCGGGACAGGAGGUCACGGUGGACUAUUCUGGGAGCUACUGGCGCGGUUUGGACAAAGAGUGUCUCUGUGGGGAGGCAUGUUGCCGCUACAGGAAUAACCGCGAGUUGCUGGCGAGAUGA